AUGGCAGUAUUGAUAGUAGUACUUACUUGUUCUGAUAGCUCUCUCAUACCAGCGGUGUUCGUUGUGGCUGCUAAUUGCAUGAGGCUUCGUUGCCAUUAUGAACAAUGUUGGCUGGUUGUAAGAAUCGUGAGGAAUCGCACUAGGAGUGGCAAUCUUCUGGUCUCGUUCCCAGCUCAUAAUUUUGGCCCUGAUGAGUGUCGGUGGAUUUCUACCAUAGUUGGUUCUGAUAUCUACGCCAAUCAUGAGCCCUCCACUAGGGUAUUUAUCAUGGACUGUCGGUUUCACACAUGGCAUGAAGCUCCAAGCAUGCUGGUGGCCAAGAAAAACCCCCUUGUGAGUGUUUUUGAUGGGAAAAUAUUUGUAGUAGGAAGAAUCACAUAUCGCGAUUUCUCAAACUUUUUAGAAUCUUUCGAUCCUGAAACCAAGAUGUGGGCAUGUGCCAAUCCCUACAGUAGGAUUCAAGAUGCUUUUGCCGGUAUUAUGGAAAAACUGCCUAAAUUACCAAAGCCUUAUUAUGGUUCUCUGAGAUUGGAGAAUUGUGGCGGAAAGAUUGUGCUUUUAUGGGUGCAAAAUGUGUGCUCUAUUUGUUCUACGAAGGAGGAGAAGAGGAUAUGGUGUGCUGAGAUUGCGCUUGAAAAACGUAGCAUACAAGAGAUUUGUGGGAAGGUUAAGUGGUGUGACGUUGUGCUUACGGUCCCCAAGUCAUGUCCACUAGAACAACUCUUUGUUGCUACUAUUUGAGCGACUCGACAUAUAAGAAAGCAGUUUAAGCUUUCCUUUUUGCUCAACCAUAUGAUUGUUUUCCCAUAAACGACAAUAUCUAUAAAGCUGUCUUGUUGAAUAUUUUUCUUAAAUUGUUACUAUUAUAUAGGAUGUUAAAAUGGUAAAAUCCACCCCAUUUAAAUCCACCACAUUUAAGACCCACCCCAUUUAAAACUCAUAUCCGUUUAGACCCAUUUAAAAAUAGGUCUAUUACGGAUAUCCAUUUAGAUCCACAAAUUUUGUACUAACCCAUUUAGACUCAUUUAAACUAUUGUUGAUUUAAUUUUUAGUUGUUUUAACUUUAUGGUUUUUAACAAAAAUUAAAUGAAACAAAUAAAAAAUUUUAACUGAUUUUUACUAUAUAAACGCGAAUCAAAUUGUUCUGGUAAAACCGUAAAAUCGAUUUUUCCCGCCAAAACCGUAAAAAUUGAGUUUUUCCGCCAAAGCCGUA